AUUUUUGCUCCUCCGCGCCAAUCCAACGGUCUUUGCGAUAGACGCCUAAUAGCUCGUGAAGAGCGAUCCGCUAUUGAGCCGGGCUCGAUACUUGGAUAUAUAAUAUCUCAUCACCUGCUCCCUUCUCGGAUACCUGCUCCGUGCUCCGCCGGUAUCGGCCGCUGUCCGCAAGAGAGAAUCGAGGGGCCACAAAAAGAAACCAAAUUACGACAAUGUUGGUGAUCGCGUCCUUCGUCACCCUGUUGAGCCUCGCGGAGGCGAGCCUGAAAACUCCACGAACCCCAACCCCUUCCGGCCUAGGUCCGUGUUCGGCAACCACACCAACAGUGGAGGCAGCUAUACCCGCAAAAACGGCAACAGUGAAUAUGAGCUUCUACCCAGUUCCGCGGAACUCAUCAAGCUCAGCCCGGCAGUCGACGACGGCGCCUAUCGCCGUCCAGACCCAGACCGCGGACCUACCUAUAGAUGCCUAUGCGUCCAUAUCCGCCGGAACCACAAACAACGCUCCGAAGGUCACGGCGUCGCCUGAGCUUGGUCCUCCGGGUGCCAACUUUCACGAGAUAGGCGCCAAGUUCGUGCAAACGACUUAUUGGAAGUGCGUCACAUUCUCCUUAGAAACCCACUGCGGGUGGCAUGAGCCUAUACUGGAUGCCGGUGCUGGGAGGAUCGGAUGCGAGGGCGGUCGGGCUGCGCUGCGGGCCGGUGUUGUUGCCGGUGUCGUUGCCGGUGGAUUAGUGUUUGGCAUGUGACGCUUGCUCGAAGGAUGUCUCAUUUUUUGCGGGUGCCUUUAUUAUUGUAACCUCGAAUCCGUGCUGUGGGAAGAAGAUACCUGGGGAUACUGGAGUUUGGGAGUUAGUAGACACGGGUGGAAAAAUAACGGAUCUAGCCUCGUCCUGAUCUUCAAGAAUAAGUCACAUGAAAUGCAAGACGGCCGUUGCCGUAACAACUCCUUGAUUUAUGCUAUCGUGGGGAAAUCAUCAAAUGCAUUCCGUCACGCCUCGAAAAAAGGUGCCGG